CGUCAACGAGCCGAGGUUUUUUGAAGCAAUUGUGUUUGCCUCGGUCGUGUAUCAGUUACAAGAAGUUAAAAACGACCAAGAAAAAGAACAUGACAUCUGCUACUCCGAAACCUUCACCCGUUGGUGUAUUUGUGAAGGUUCGCCCAUUGCUGCCGGACGAGCAUGAUCUCAAUGUAUGUUUGGAGACGACGGAGAACACGGUCGAAAUUUUUGGUGCUGAUGGAUCCUCUGUUUAUGGUCCUGCAACUUUCGAUGGCGUGUGGAUUUCAGGUUCGGAGAGUUGCAGAGGAAGGCUACGAACGCAUGAUCGUGAACGCAACGACGAGCACUUAGAAGAAGGAGAGAUAACCCGUACUCAAGAUUCUACUCUACUUCAUUGUGAGAGAGACUCAUGUAGGACGAUUCGAAGCCGCAUCCUCAAUGGCUCGCGUGGCUGUUCGGUGGGGAACCAUAUCGUUUUGGCCUACGGCCCCACGGGGUCGGGCAAGAGCCAUACGUUGCUUGGGCAGGAGAUGAUCCGUGCAUCAACAUCGCGAACAGGAACAAGUGAUAGCAAUUCACUUCCCUAUUUUGCAUAUGAGACGGAACCAGGAGUGGUUUUUGAGGCUGCAGCUGCCUUGUUAGAGGACUAUGCGGCUUUGCGAUUCGAGUUCAUACAACUCUAUCGAGAUAGCAUUUCGGUCCUUGUUCCUCGGCGCGACGUGCGCAGCUUAGCGGCGGUAUCAAUCAUGAUGUAGCCUACCUCUUGCUUUUUGGUUAGAUUAUGUACAGUUUUUGCGAAUAUUUAUGCACUGGAGGAGCUUGCGGGGGAAGUGAUUAUACUAACUGGUGAGUUAACUUAGGUGAGAGAAAAGAUACGCUCUCUGGAAGGUUCCUGGACGACAGUCGACAAAAAAUGUCGGCUGAGGGACCAACUAGGGAGAGGGUUGGGGGCAACGGGCCCCGCGAACCCCGUCGUGUGCGGUGCAAAAAAUGCACUCACGCGCGACGCCGCCGGUCGAUGCAAUGGCGCAUCUCGGCGAAGGCGAACCACGGUUCGCGCCUCCGCGGAGGCUCGGGUGCGGUCGGGUGAGAGCGUUAAUGCUACACCCACGGGGCGGAGUUCACAUGCAGAGCGGAGCAGAGCGGAGCGGAGCGGAGCGGGCUGCCGGCGCACGGGCCAAAGCGCUCGUGCGUAGGCCGCGGGAGGGCCAACGCGCCCUCCGGCGGUGCGGUGGGCAGGCGCGUGGCGCCCAGUGGGGGGUGCUGGGGAGCUCGUAAAAAUCGAGUUCCGCCGCGCGCGCGGCGCGCCAUCCCCUCGCGGGGCAAAAAUCGCCGCGAGGGUUUGGCGCUUGUGGCAGCACAUUUUCGUAACCUCAAGCUGAAAGCUAGCUUGGGCAGGUCAAAAAACUUUUCUUUUUCCCAAAAAUCCAGGGACUUUCUGUGCGCGUAUAAUCGCAAUCUAGAAACUAGUGACUAGUAGUGCCCCCGCACUCUGGUUUUCAGCAAAACAAAAAACAAAAUGACCUCCCUGAAAAGCGUCGGAGACCUCGUCAUCCACACAGGCAAAAAUCCUGUGGGGAGCGAGGACGUCGACGAGAAGGGCAAAGCCCUUCUGAAACUGAUCGACGGAUCACUGUUUCACCCCUCCAUGGCGGAGGCCAUGGAGGCGCUGCAAAAGCAGCUGGAGGAGAAGACGCAGUAUGAGGAUAAACUCAUCUUCUGCGCAAACAUCCAGGACUGGAUUGCAGCACUCCGACAGAUGGUCGGUGAACUUCCGGAAACGGAAUUCAUCGACACGGUCAAAAAAGACCUGGAGGACCCGCGCUUCGUGGGGGAAGGUGGAACCCUAACCGAACAGGGCACCACCUUGAUGUGGUUCCACUUGUGGUUGGGCGCAUACCACGAGGAACUAACGGCCGAACCCUGGGCCUCGAAGUCUCUGAUUAAAAAAGAGACUUUUGAAGCCGGCGCGAAGCUCGCCGAAAAACGAAAGUUUCGGGAGGAAAACCCGCAGCUGAACCUGGCGGAAGUCCCGGCGCAGACCGCCAAAAAGGAGGUGAUAGUCCGCUACCUGAUCGAGCGCACCAACAAAGAGGUGCUCAACGACUGGGACGCGAAGCCGGCCAAGACGCCGUGGACGUCGGUCCGCAAGGCGCACGAGGAGGAGGACCGAAAGCUCCUCGAAGAAGAGGAGAAGCAGCGCAAGGCGGAGCUCGAAGCCAAAAAGAAAGAGGAGGAGGACUCCGUGGACUUCGCCGACAAAAGCGAAGAGUCCUCCGAGGAGCCGCCGGAGACGGCAGCUCUGUUCAAAACGUUCGCGAAGAAGACCGCAAAGGCCAUCGCAACGGCUUUGAACAGCAGCGGAGAGGACAAAAUCCUCUCCUAUGACGACACGCGCCCGGCUAGCGAAGGAGAAAAAUUCUUCGUCUACCGACGCGUAAACGGCGUCGAGAAGAAAACAGAGGUGAAAGUCGUCUGGCCUUCCGUCUUAACUCCGGGCGAGGAAGUCGCAGACGCACAGGAGCAGUAUAAAAACUGCUUCUUCACGAACGGAGAAAAAGCCUCUAAGCAGGCGAACCACGUGCUCACCGCGUUAUUAAAACACGUGGAAAAGCACGGCCUCCGCUCCGUUUUCGACGUGGACGAAAACAGCGUCCUGAACACGACGGCAGGCCAACGCCUCAACCAAAAGGCGCUGGCGCUGCUCUUCGGAGCAUACGCGGCCGCAGGCAUCUGGGGCGAAGCCCAGGUGGGAAAAAACCAACCCAAGGUCUCAAACUGCGCCAUCGCAGGCUUUAACGGAGACAACCUGCAGCGCACAAACAGCGCGUUCCAGAACCUGGUCCGGAAACAGGUCGUCGCCAGCGUCCCGGCUGACUACUGGGACAGAUGCAACCUGGACCAGUGCUGGGAGACGCUGCGCCGCGUGGAAAGCGCCAUCAACGGCGCCACCGACCUGCAGCCCUUCGACUUCAUGACCGAGUUCAACGAGAACUUCCCAGAAAUCGCCAUCAAAAAAAUGAUGGUGUUCUUGGGAUUCAUGAAGGAAGGCUCCCGCAGCCUCGACGCGCUCCAGCAGAAGAUGAAGCGCUGGGAGACCGGGCUGGUGAACAGAUACAUGUUCAACCUGCUGGCCUGGUACAACCACUUCGGUCUCCACCUCAUCGACGAGGCGCGCUACACGGACGAGGAAGACGGGGGAAAAAUCAAACCGCCCGUCCAAAAAGCGUUCUUCAAGGAGAACAUGGAGGAAAUCAAAAAUGAAAUGUUCUCCAUGCGAGACGCCGAGGCGAGCUUAGGCAAGCCGAGAAGCGAACGUGUGACAGUCACACUGCGCUCUCGUAGCCACAGCCGCCGCCGCAGCGAAUCGCGAGAGCGAUCGGCGAGCGAAGGCCCGCAAAACCCGUUCGGCAGCGACGCCGACAGCGGCGGGGACGACGACACGGGCACAACCAUGCCGAGCGACACUUGGUUGGAGAGUUUGGAUCUGGAAAAAACAGAUUUCAACCCGGCCAUGGACCCAGUCCACAACCGCCGCCUCGACAAACGUGUCGACGUGGUGCUAGCCGAGCGCCGAAACGCGAAGGGAGGAACACGCACCACAUACUACGUGUACUUCCCUCAAACCGGCUUAGUGGAGCCGUCCGCAUUGAAGUCCCUGAAAAAUAUGGGACUCAUGCUUCCGCCGGCGGUAUGCCACUGGUUCCACGCGCACAAAGCGCAUGCGGUGCAGUCAGGCUGUCGCAACGACGCUCAACACCUGGAAUGCACACACCACCACCUCAUCGACCGCAACCGUCCUCCCCCAGACAUCACUAUCGCCAAGAGAACGUGGGCAGAAGUGAUCCGCUCGCAAAAAGAGCUGGCCGAAGUCCUCUUCUCGGCCCGGUUGGCAGGGCGAAACAUCAACCAGCAGCCAACCGGCACAGCGGCAAAACGAGCGGCAGCGAAGGACAAGGAAGCAAUCCGCCACCCGAAAGACUUCGUAAAACCGAAAGUCCAGCCGAUGAAGGCGAUGAAGGCCAAAAACGGCCGAACACGCCGCCAACCGAAAGGACCCCAGCGAAGCGACGCAAACGCGGUUCCGCUGGGACAACGGCAUCGCAACGACAGUCGCGAAAAAGACAAUCGUGGCCGCAACAAAUCGAAGCGAUCGAACGAGCGCAAAAACAGCCGCUCACGCGAUCGACGCCGAUAAAUCGAGAGUGAUGGAGGGAAAAAUCCUCCUGGGGAGAGACGUGAAGGAGCACGUUGGGAGCAAACGCUCCCUCGCGGUGUGGUGGAAGGAGCCACGCACAAGCUAGAACGCGACUAGCUGGAAGAAAAAGGCUACCGGCCUCGAGGACAACAAAUCCUCGAAAAACAGAAUGCAAAAGCAUUCGCCAUAAGCCCUCUGGUCAAAUUACCAGGGGCACCGGACCAUUAUUAAGUUAGUGGCGGAACAAUAAAUUCGUCCUUUUUGACAGAGUAAAAAACACUCUAGUUGAGAGGGAGGAAACAAAUCAAACCACCAGUGACGACUGGUGGCCGAAAGGGAAAACGCGGCGGCGGCGGCGCAGUGUUCGAGGGAGUGACGUGUUACAUCUCGUCAAGCUAAAAAGAGGGAAAACAGAGUGGGAAGGAGUUACGAGUAAGUAAAGAAGCUAGGCUGGGGAGACCACUUCAUGAGAUACGGCAGGAGGCCAAGAUCCAUGGUGGAGGUUCGCCUAAGCAGCCGCACGAACCAGCCUAGACAAAAAAGUAAGUAAGGACGAGAGAACAAACUAACUAAAUAAAAACUAAAAAGAACGUUAGAGGGAACAACAGCGAGAGAUAAAUAAAAAAGUAACAUUAAAUAAAUGUCGAAGCGGGCGGACGCACUGCGCAAAGCUGUCGAUCUAAACGACGACGAGCUGCGCGCCAUGGGAGAAGCCGACUCCACGACUAGAAACAAAAAGUCGCGAGUCGCCUUCUUCCUCGACUGGCUAGCGGCCAAGGGUGAAAAGCUACCCGUGAGGCCGGAGGCGGUGCAAAGAUUCGCCGCCUUCCUAGUGUUCAAUGAAUACACCUCAGUCGCGCAGUACACAUCCAGCAUCAUCAUGUGGCUGGUAGAACCGCCACCCGCGGAUGGCCCGCAGCGGCUAGUCGAAAGCCCCGCCAUUCUCCGAAACAUCGGGGACGUGGAAAAGGCAAUUGAACGAACAAUCCAAGACCACAACCCGAGGAAAGCAAAGCCUUUCCUACCGGGUACGAAGCUCGAGGCGCUAAAGGCAAAAGACCAAAAAAUGGUCCUCCUUUGGGCGCUAUCGGGAUUGCGGGGCGACAGCAUCGCGGCGGUGGACGACACGGACAUCUCCAAAAAAGGAGACGUGUGGCGCAUCCACAUAUCCGAAGACAAAAUCCGCAAACAACGCGGUAGGAUAAUAGAAAUCCACUGCAAUUGCGACACCAACGCAAAAACAGCUGGUGCACGAAGUCGCUUUUGCCCGAUGCACGGCGAAGGCGCUGUUAUGAGAUCUGAUUUCCCAUUAGGCAAGGCCAGGAUAAGUAGCUUGGCGAAGGGAAUUAGCGGCACGCUGCACAGCUGCAGGAGAGGACUCGCAUUGGCAACGCGACGCGAGUGGGAGCAAGGGAAAAUCUCCGUGAAGGAGGAUGAAUUCCUCACCCACAUGGGCUGGGAACAGUCCAGCAAAAUGUGGGACGAGUACACAGCCGACCACAAAACGUGGGAGGCUUCGGAAUUCAUCCCGCUGCACGGAUUGCGCAGGCGGUGGCCCUCGGGGGGGGGUCCACCCCCGCGCGUCUUCGUGCAGCCCAAGGCGGUCCAAGAGGACACCUUGGUCAAGCGGACGAUCAAGAUCACCCCCAAGCAGAAGCUACAGAAGAAAGGGCGGAUUCAACAGAAUACCGUUACCAAAAAGGUGACGGCCCUAGCGCCAAAGAGCGCCAGUAGCAGCGGCUCAGGGGCACUCAAAGCAGUACCGGGUACAAAAAACGUACGCACCUGGCGGUUCUGAACCUCCAGUCGUCGGGAAAAGGAUGGAAGGCGCACCAAGGAGGCGUCGAGAAAGGAUGGCCCAAAGGGCUGGAGGUUCAAAGUGACCUUGUCCCCCAGCGGGGGGACAACGCCUGCUACUGCCGAGGGAUUAGCCGCGCACCCGGGCCAAAGCGCCCCGGACCAAAGCGUCCGACGCGAAGAGCGAGCACCCGAAACCUCGCGGGUGCCGGUUGAUUGACUCGUAGGGCGACGGUGCACGAACACCGGCCGAGCCGCGAGAGGGGUUACGACACCCGGACGUUGGUGUGCAACUCUCUCUGGGGAGGUAAAGGCCUCCCGCCACGCUCCGUGGCAAAUUUAUGGGCCGUAGGUGCAACGACCGGCGCCGGCAAAGACCUGGGUCUGCCGAGCCAGCCUACCGUGCUGCCACAGCACUAAAAAGUAUAACUCACCAGUAGAUUUAGGAUCCCCGGGGGUUAAGUCUCCAGUUUGUAUAUAUUUAUAUGAUUCAGGGCCGGACGGCCCCCCCCUCCCCCCCUGUGGUCUGGUCGGUGGUGGCGCGCGCGCGCGCUUUUCCGCGCGGGUUUUCCGCGCAUUCUACUGGUGGAAGCCGUCAAAACUUGGCGCGGGCCUCCCCUUGGGCCUCUCAGCGUGUUCCUAAGGGACCGCCUGGCCCCUGCUGACCCUCGCAGGCGGGAGGUCUCCGGGGUAAAAGGCCGCCGAAGGCGGCCACGGUCGCAAGAGCAAGCAAUCUGAUGACCAAGGGCCCGGAGGGUACAGGCGGCACGGCUCAGGGGGUCCAGCCCCUUGCCUUUUGCCGCCUUCGGAGGCCUUCCGCUGCCGGCGCACUGCUGCGGGGGCGAAGCCUAGCGGAUGCGCUUGGGGCACAGGCAGGCACCUAGACGGGGGCGCAGGCGGUCCCUUGGGCCCCUUUUGAAGCCUCCCACCACCAUCGGAGGCCCCUAGGGAACACCCAGACAGCUGGAAGGGAGCGGAGGGGGGAGGUCACUGGGCCCCCUUUGGAGGCCUUCCACCCCCGGCAGACGCCUCACAAAGGAGGCCAGGGCGGGGCUUCGCCCCGCGCCUUGGAGCAUAUAUAUUCCAGGGUUUAGGAAUCAGGGGAGCGCCCCGCCCUACUAGCGUAGUUUGGGGCCGUGGAUCCCCGGACCCCUUUUGAAGGCGUCUGCCGGGGGUGGAAGGCUUCAAAAGGGGGCUAAGGGACCGCCUCCGCUCCCUUCCAGCUACCUGCAUUUACCCAACAGACCUCCUAUGUGCUUCGCCGCCGCAGCAGUGCGCUGCCUGGCUGUGGAAGGCGGCAAAAGGCGUGAGGCUGGACCCCCUGAGCCGUGUGGCCUCUGCCCACCCUCCGGGCCCUUGGUCAUCUGUUUGCUUGCUCUCGAGACCGAGGCCGCCUCCGGCGGCCUUCUACCCCUGAGGCCUCCAGGCUGCGAGGGUCAACAGAGGCCAGGGGGGCCAUUAGGACCAUGCUGAGAGGCGCAAGGGGACGCCCGCGCCCAGUUUUGACGCCUUCCACCCUGAGAAUCCGCGAAAAGCAACGCGGAAAAGAGCGCGCGAGCGCCACUGCAGGGCCAUCGACAGGGGGGGGGGCUCCGUGCGUCCCUGUAUUAUAUAUUUGGUAAUCAAUAUGAACACAAUGCUACUACACCUCCUGCAGCUCCGCACUUUGGUUUAUAGUGGAUGCAUGCGGCGGUCUCAACGACAGACGCUCUACAACGAAUGCUCCAGUCGUUCGCAUGCCUUGCUUUUUUUAGGACCUGCAUACUCAAAGACUGGGUCUGGUUUCCCGUCGUACACCUUUGUCGACCUUGCGGGAUCGGAACGCAUUGUGAAGCAUCUUGGCUCCGAACCCCCAUCAAAAGCGCAUCUCUCGGAAACUCAGUCGAUUAAUCGCAGUCUGCAGUCCCUUGGCCGAGUGGUUGCAGCUCUAGCAGGCCCGACUGUGAGUGAGCAAAGCCUGGGCAGACGGCCGACGACGCCUACUCGUCAUGUAUUCGAUGGCUGCUUUUUUGAACUGUUCUUGUAUUCUUUUUCUGCUAAGCAAGGGUGUUUUUUUUCAUUUUGCAGAAUAACGUAGUUGAAACCAAGAAACUACUUCCUACCGCAUUGCAAACUUCGGUUUUUUCUAUUGUUCUUCAUGAGGGAUUCUUAUUUUUGUUUUUCUUCCUAAUGCUACGACCGACGUCCUUCCGCUGUUCGACACCCACGCAGAUUCCUUGGCGCGAUUCCCGGUUGACAGAGUUGCUGCGGCCGCCGGACGGAGUGGACCCGCUCUUUACGCUUAUUGUAACGCUAUCUCCUGGGGAAGCGUGGCGAUCCUUGAACAUUCAAAGUCUACGCUUUGCUGAUGCGUGUCGAGAUGUGCCAGCUUUUCGUUUGCGCCAGAGAAGCACACGUCGCCAACGACCCGCUAGUAGUGCUACUGAGCGACCCGGGACCGGAAGUACUACGGGCUUUGGCGAUCUGUCACCGGUUGCUCCACCGUCAAGGCGCAUGCUUUCUAAUAGAGAAGAUCCUAGAGACGGAGACCAAGAGGCGGGUCUCCAUUCCACAGAGUAUGCUGGUUCUUGCAGUGUGGAGGAUAGAGCAAGCACUCCAAACAAAGUCCUCGCGUGUGAAAGAUCAUCCAAUGCUCAAAAUAUCUCGACUACGCACGACGAGGAUGUCGAGAAACCGAAAAAUUCUGAAGGAGAGGAGAAAACAGAGAUAGAACUUCGGUUUUUAAGACAGCGAGUUGCCGAUCAUGCGCGCGAGCUCCAUUCCCUGAAAGAAACAAAUACGCGACUGCGGGAAAGGCUCACUGCUCAAGUACGUACUACAUUUAUGUUGACUUGCGAACGUGAAGCAUCAAAAGACGUAGUAUGACAGAGUCUGUAUUAUUGGGCUCUUCCUCCUCCGAUGAAUGAACGCGCUAAGUGCCAACUGCUUCGUUAGGUUGAGUUGUGUUUAUUCAAAGCCAAGCUCGUCUUUCUUACUCACUUAAUUACUCAACUAAAUCGCUCCAAGGUUUUGGCAUUUAUGUGUCCCAACUCUCAACAAAUAAACGGCAAACAGCUCCAACAGAUUGGCGUAGUGUGGACGUCUCUCAUAGUAUUAAUGUUAUAUCGCCGCAGCCAUUUUGGCUCAAGGAAAUUGUUGACUUUUUCCUCCUUGGCUUAGAGGUGUGCUGCAAAUCUUGAUUGGCUCCUUCCUUUUUUAUAAGGUUGGGCUUGGGGCUUAGGUCCACCGACGCUUAAAGCACUAAGCAAAGCAACCGGUUAGUUUUCACCUCUCCACUAUAUAUAACUCUAUCCCUUCAUGCAAAAUAUUGAUAUUAUUUUUUGAAUGCAAGUAAUCCCAUUGACCAUAAUGUUACUGACUUUGAAGGGAGACUCAUGAUCUACUCGAUGCAUACGCAUUCAGGAGCAACAAUUCCCCGGGAUAGAAGAACCCCGAUAUGGAAAUGGACUAGCACGAGGGAAGGUCAUUCCUCGUGAUCGCCGACAUGGAUCUUCGGAUCGUUCUUUUUCGUGGAGCGGCGAAGAGCUGCGGCUUCGUCCGGGGACAACUCCAGACCGUCUCGUUUCGAGAGUAGACCGCGACAAUGCUGAUGAGGAGAGCGCAUCAGCCGGCUCCUUCGUUUCGACAAGACCAGGAACGAGCCCAUACAACUUUGGUAGUCCUCCCGUAGUGCGUCUGCGUGCUUCUACCGGACGAGAUAGUGAUCAGGGCGACAGAAACGAUGAGGGGUCUGCAGUGCGCUUUGGUCAACCCAUCAUGAAGGUAAGAAACACAACAAGCAGCGUGCCCAGCGGCGAUGAGAAUGGCGAUUCACGAUUGGCCCCUUAUGGUCAAGCGUGGGGACGUGUGAGGCAUUCGGGAGGAAAUGGCUUGAUGAAGAUGCCGUCAGUACCAGAAGCGGAGCAACAUUUUCCGAGCUCUGCUCGUAAUGUUUUUGGGACACCAAAUUUCACGUCGGUUUUGAUGAAGCGGCCGGAUCAAGAGCAGUUCUAUCGGGGCAAUGCUUUGGGUCAACAGCACGUUGAACAACCUCGGAAGAUGCAGCACUUUUACGAUCAUUUUCCAAUGCCUGCCGGCGUCGACGACAGUCUGUGGAGUACACGUGGUCUCCUCGCGGUAGGGCGUCAUUUAAGAGAGCCCGACGAUUUGGCGGAUCCUGAAGAGAAGUUGUUGCUUCAGGGCCCGGUGAUUUGGACUGCAAAAGGUGACAACCAAAGUGCGUCGGCGUCUACCCGCUGCAGUUCCAAGGAGAGCAGCUCGUCUUCCUCUUCGUUCAGCGAUAUGGCUUCAGGAACUAGAUACGCAACUACGGGUGGCCUGUCAGGCUCAGGAGUUGGCUUCGGUUAUUGGCGAAAUUCACUGCGGUCGGCAUCUUCUCGACGCCCCGAACGUCCUUCAGUGCCACCUGCUAUGUCCACUUUUUCAAGGCGAUUCGAUAUAAUAGGAUUCCGAGGUUCUUACGUUGGUAGUAGUCAAUAUGUUGAUGAUGUUGCUGGUCAUGGUCGUGCAGGAUCUCGAUCCAGAACACCUCCUGCUCUUGUUCGGAGGAGAAGGAGCCGAUCGCCUUAUUACAGUGCUCGUCCUACUGAGGAGCACAAAGCUGCCGAGCAGGCUGCUUGCUCGCGAGUGGCCCGAUUUCUGCAGCGCCGACAAGUACGAUAUGCCAGAAUGCAUCAGGUCGCGUCGCCUAUCCUUCUGUCAACAAGCAGUCGCUCUCCCCGACCACAUUCCGCAUGGUCACAGCCUGGUGGUAACUUCAUCAGAGGAACUGAAGAAAUACGAGUCGACGAUCUUCAGACAAACAAGCGUCAUGAGUUUUUUCUUCAUCGAGAUGAUAGAAGAACAAAUGGUCGUGGUGCUCUCGACGGUAAUACCUCCGGCGGUGGAGUUACCGCUAGAAGAUCACGAAGCCCGAGCUUUGGCGGUGCUUGCAAUAAGUCAUUUAGUAUCAAACCUGAUACCUCGCCUCGAGUCGCCCCAGCAGAGGAGCAGCAGUCCGCUUUCUCAGUCAGACCGCCAUCACCAAGGAGAGCAAAUGAUGGGUCUAAAGAUAGGGUGGCUCCGUCUAGUCGUUUCCGCACCAUCCCGACAACACCUCUCGACGACUCUAAUACGACAAGCUCGACUACCUGCGCCGCCUCUGACGAUGUGCUACGCAGUAUUCGCAUGAAUAAUAGAAAACUUAGCAACCUCAAUGCCGCAGCGGAACAGAGGAUGGCAUCAUUGAAAAAUGGAAAUGUGAUUCCAGAUGACGGCAUUGUUGAUGAUGUAGCAAGUACCAGUGCAGCUAGUGCGAAAGAGGCGGCUUUCGGUAGUAGCUCGAUUGAUGAAGACGAACAACAAUCUAUGGAGGCCGACCAGACUGCCUCGACUUGGAGACAAACAACUACUGCUAGUGCUAGUUGUGCUCAACACGCACAGCAUGAUUGUGAGACGUUUUCCAAAAUGCACAAUCUACACGACAAGAAAGCGCAUGAUGAGAAAGAAAGUACCUCAACUACAAGUAGUACCACCACUACGAGCAAGAGGACGGAUAACAUUACUACAUCAUUACGAUUCAGUCUGAAUGUAAAGACCGUGAGGGAGCAGUUUCUUAGAAAGAUUCAGCAGAGUGACGGAGCAGGGGCUGCAGAAUCUCUAAAAUCGAUCGCUGCAGCAUUCCGCGGUCGAGUGUCAUGAAUUUUCAAAUUUAGGAAUAGAAAUUGCGCAGUAAUAGCAAAUUGCACAGAGACGCUGCAGAAUAAAUAUUGAUGAUUGUACAAGGUUCCUUUACCGCAGAGGCAGACUAUCACUCAUUUAUUCGAUUAUAUCGCAAUGCACAGCUUGAACUUGCUGGCGCGCAGUAAUUACUAAUUUGUAUGUCCUGGAUUUUUUUUUACACAUCAAAGGUUGUCAGUCAAGGGACUCAGUAAUGUAUCACCGGAAAAUGAGAAUGAGAUUCCGGACUGAAACUAUGCGUAUACUUAUACAGUGACGAGCAACGUCUUUCUCUUUUCUAGUGGUAGUACCGCUAACUCAUGCCCAUAAUUUCUCGUCGUGAGUAAAUGAGUACUUAUGCAAAAAUCAACUAGCCGUGAAGGAGGUGUUGAACUAGUAGCAAUCGAACAAAAUGAACCCAAGCGCUUUUCAUUUCUCCAUUUGCAUUUUCAGCAUAUUAGAAUCAGAAGAGAACCUUUAUGAAGGCUAGAUUUCUUGAAACAACUGUCAUGUUUGUUGCAGCCAGCUGCAUGAAAAAAUGUUUGCAAACGAUUUUGCAUGUGCUGCACGCACCGAGCCGAG